CAUAAUCUGAUCGGGUGCUUACCAUCGCAAAGUCGGCACGCUAUCGGAUAACGAUCAGUGCGGCGUUCCGCUUUCUUUCUUAGCAUUGUAUAGCGAGUCAUUAUUACCUGAAAAUGGUUAUUUUGUCGAUGUUUCGAUCGUAAAGUCAUUGCUAUUAUUGAUAUUUAUUCUUAAUAUCAUGGUACUUAUGGUUGGGUGGCGAGAAUUACAUCAUAUAAUUAUAGAACCGUGAAUUGGCAUAUAUUACUUGCGCGCUCUAAACCCACGUUGGUGUUGGUCUAUGAUUGACGUGUUCAAUUGGUCGUGUAAGGGGUGCAUAAUAUUGCAAUAUUAUCCGAGCAUAUGAAGAUUGUGUUUGCUCCUUUAUAUACAUCUAGCGAUAAAUUUUUAUCGAUUUUGAAAGUUACACCCAUCAGUGAGCUGUCAUACUCUAGUAAGAUACACGGACUAUUAAUAUUGUAAACAAAGCGUAUUAACUACAAUUCAUAGUGAUAAGGCCAUGCUUCUGCGAUUGAGCAUAGUUAUGUAUGUUCAAUGAUACGUCUGUAGUGCUCGUGGUUGUGUUCUAUGUUGAUUGGAUGUGUUUGUGUGAGGCAAGUGAGCAGUAGAUGUCGCCGUUAAAAAGAUGCAUGUUGCCACAUACUCUAGGGGCGAGAAAUUUUACACUAAUAUCGUAAACUUCUGUACCUAACUUGGCAACACCCUUCGAAUGAAAGGAAAUGUCAUUCAUAAUUUUCCACGAGGCCAACCGGUCCCAAACGAACAAAGGCUAAAAAGUACGUUUUACCCCUUCUCAAAAGAAAAACAGCAGAUCGAAUUCCUCAGCAAUGAGCGUAGUUAAAUAUAUUGGUCGUACAACUGAUUUUCGCGGUAAGACACUGUGGGAGAUUGUGGGAAAUCUGCGGGACUCUGGUGUUGGCCGGCUCGUAAUACGUAACAAAUUCCAACGAUAUGAGGAGCCCUGCUAUAUGCGUAUACUUAAGGUGGAAGUUACUCCACAUGAUCCUGAAAAGGACCCUAUUCGUACAGGUCCCAAACGAACAAAGGCCAAAAAGUGGAGCUACGAAAAGUGUUUACAAAAAUAUUGCGGCUCGCCGAACAGAUUGGUGGAACGCGACCUGGAUUUGCAUCUGCGUGCAAAACGCGCCAAAGAUUGUCUGCGUUGGGGUUCUUUGAAUGUAGUGUUGCUAGCGAUACUGCUUUUCGACAUAUCUAAUCAGUGUCCAUAUUCAUACUCCAAAUGGUACUAUGUAGAAUAUUUGGCGGCUGCGCUAUCGGGACUUGGAGCAUUUUCAUGCUUCUUAAAGUACUUUCUCUACCUAUUCCAUACAAAUCCUUUAUUGGGCACAAAGGAACAGAAAAACUUACUCAAGUUUGAUGAGUGUGAUUCCUCAUUUGCUGUUACACCACCAGCGCAAAGAAAAAGCAAUCAUGCGAUGAUUUGGCGCCUAGUCAAAUCAGCAACGGCCCUGCUGCUCAAGCUGCACCACUAAAACCACGACCGCAUACAUCUAGCGCAUUGGAUGCAUCACUUACAGCAACGGCGCUGCCGGAAAUACCAAGGGCUUAGUAUUGCCACUGUUAUUCAUCCGAACGUGCUUUGUUGGAAACGUAAAGGCUGAGAAGAAGCCACCGUCCUCCGGCGGAUUUCGUUGUAGUGGAAACAUGCAUCAUAUGUAGCUGGUAACUUCUUCCGGAUACCGUGAGUACCUUAACCUUUUUAUGU